AUGAGCAUCAUUCCAUGUUCGCAGAGUCACACCCUCUCCACGCUCCUCAAAUGCUACCUACGACAGCAAGUCUACUCCUUGCGCGAGGCCUUCAUCAAACGGAAGUUGAGGCAAAUGUGGAGAAACCCGCGCCCUGCUCAGGAGAAGCUGCUGCGUCAGUUCAUCGCCCGAGACGCCGAGACCGAGUACGGUAGAACACAUCACCUGGGCAACAUCAAGAAUCUGGCUGAUCUGCAGACGAAACAUCCCUUGACUUCCUAUGACCAUUAUAAGGAGUACAUACAAAGGUUAGCGGACGGUGAACAAGGUGUCUUCUUAGGGGAGAAGACUGUCAGAUUUGGUGUCACCAGUGGUACUACAGGAGCCGGUAAACUGAUUCCCAUCGUUGCGUCUCGACCUGUCUUGGCUUCGCAUACUAUGUAUGAAUUGAGCUUUGCAGCCAACGAAAGCUUCGGCAAGCCGGGUCCCUUACAGCGCAGUUGUCUGUUGUUCUGCAGACCCACCGUGAAUCAUACCAAAUCUGGUCAUUUGGUUGCACCGUUGUAUCACGUGCCCGACGACCAGCACCUAAUGGAUAUGAGUAACACACCGUCAGCAGGAUUCCAGCUCUCUAACGACUUCGAGUCAAACUACGUCCACCUUUUGUUUGCCAUCCUCGACAAGAACCUUGGCCUUUUCCUCGCCCCCUUCACCAAGCUGAUGGUCCGGGCAAUGAAACUGAUUGAAGACAACUGGCAGACCAUGCUUGAUGACAUCACAAAGGGAAGGAUCAACCCAGAUCUCGCCAUUUCAGACGAGAUUCGGCGCGAUUUGAACGCUGCCCUUACGCCAAAUCCUGUCAGGGCUGGAACAGCAGUUUACUCGGGUUCAUAUGCGAGCACGGAGACGUUUAUUGGAACGAAUCUGUGGCCCCACUACCCGCAGCUGAAAUACUGCCUGUUACUGCACGAAUGUGUCUUUGAGUUUAUUCAAGAGUCCGACUGCCAGGAGGAAAAUCCCAAAGGUCUGCUUAUUGACGAAGUGGUGGUCGGGCAGAUCUACGAACUUGUGCUCACAACUCGAGGAGGCUUGUACCGUUAUCGAAAUGGUGACGUGGUCGAGGUCGUGGACAUGCAUGAGAAAUGCCCGGUUAUUCAGUUUAAGUACAGGAAAGCAGAACUGUUGAACCUUCGCAGCGAGAAGGUGACAGCUGUGGUGAUGCAGUCGGUGGUAGAGGAAUUCACCUCUCAGGUGGCGGGAUCCAAACUUGUGAACUGGACGUGCGCAGAAAGUCUCCUGCUUGCUGAUUUAGAAGGGGAAACCUACGAAAUAUUCUACAUCGUGUUUCUUGAACUGGAGAAUGUGCCGCCGCUCGAGGACACAACAAAGUGGGCUCAGAAGUUCGACAAAAUUCUGCGGAGGCACCAUCAAGUUUACAGCUUGCUCCGCAACAGCGCCACCAUAGAUAUGGCUCACGUGCACCGGGUAAAGCCAGGCUCGUUCAAGGAGUUGCAGAAGUUCAUCUUGUCCCACAGCACAGCCUCUGUCAAUCAGUACAAGUCACCGCGCAAGCUGCGCAAUCGAGGUGUCCUCAAAUUGUUGAUGUCUAAUGUUAUGUAG